GAAAAAGAAAAAAAGAGUAUGAGUUGCACUUGAUAGUUUGCAAUAUAUCGUAAUGAGAGUCUAAUACCAAUAAAGGGACAAAAUGAGAACAUUUGUCCAAUACAUAACAACCCUACCUAAAGAAAAAUCCAACCUCACAAAUAUAACUGUGGAAGUAGAUUAAAAUAUUAUCUGUGCUCCAUCCUUUACUUUUUCUUGCUACUAGUUAGGAAGGGACAAAAACACAUUAUUUCCUUCUUUUAACUCCCUACACUCAUUCACAUCCUCUCACCAAAAUUCAACUAUAACCAAACAUUAUACAUAACAAUUAACAAACCACCUUAUAUUUAGAAAUCGCACUGCCCUUUAAUUCAUUCGGAAAUUAAACCAUUAUAAAAGUAAAGAAGAAAAAUAUCAAUGGCAGUUACUUCACAAAAGAAAAGAAAAUAAAAUAAAUUGCUGGCUGUGUUUUAGAGAUUAAUUAGCAGUGUUAAUUAACAAUGCAAAGGGUAUGGGGAUUUUUGGUGAUUAUGUUGUGGCUAAGUAUAAUUGGGGAUGCAACAAAUUUAGGAGCCACAUUGAAACGUGCAAAACGGCAUAGGCAAUUAGGAGAAGGGGCGACGAUUAUUAAACAGCAUCGUAGGCCGCCGUUUAAGCCCGGCCCUUGGAACCACGCUCAUGCUACCUUCUAUGAAGGUGGCUCCGGAACUUUUGGUGCUGCGUGUGGGUACGAAGACGUGGAAAAGGAAGGGUAUGGGAUGCAGACGGCGGCGCUGAGCACGGCGCUGUUCAACAACGGGCAGAGCUGCGGCGCUUGCUAUGAAAUAAAAUGCGUGGACGAUCCCCAAUGGUGCAAGCCCGGGCAGCCUUCCCUAGUGGUGACGGGUACCAACCACUGCCCGCCCAAUCACAACCUUCCUAAUGACAACGGUGGAUGGUGCAAUCCCCCACUCGAGCAUUUCGACAUUGCCAAGCCUGUUUUCCUCAACAUUGCUGAGUUCAAGGCUGGCAUUGUCCCUAUCACUUACCGCAGGGUUCCAUGCAAGAAAGGAGGAGGAAUUCGAUUUACAAUAACUGGAAAUCCAUAUUACAACCAAGUUUUAGUAUGGAACGUGGGAGGAGCUGGAGAUUUGAAGAGUGUCCAAGUGAAGGGUCACCGUAAGCUCAAAUGGACGUCCAUGUCUCGUUCGUGGGGUCAAAAAUGGAUCACCAACGCCAUGCUGGUUGGCGAGUCCCUCACCUUUAAGGUUCGAGCCAGUGAUGGCAGAUUCUCCACUUCAUGGCACGUUGCUCCCCCAACUUGGCAGUUUGGUCAGACCUUUGAAGGCAAAAACUUUAAGUAAAUCUAAAUCACUUUGUUCGCGUAAUUCCGUUCCAUUUGAUAAUCAUUUCAUCUUUUGUCUUGAUUUUUAAAACAUUUUUUGGGUUUUUUAAAAACUUAUUUCAAACAGUAAAACUGCAUAAGAUAUGUACAAAGCCUUAGUAAAAUGUUAGAAAAUCUAUAAAUGAUAGAUAUGUAUAGAGUAGAUUUUUAAAUUUGGGUAUAUUUGUAAAUAUUUUAUGUGUAAUUCAGCUUUUGAGAAUCAAUAAGAGAACUAUGUGGAG